AUGACUACCAUACUUAAGCAUUUUCGUGCUCGUUUGCUUGAUGUUAGAUAUGAGGACGUAGAGUUUUUAGAUUAUGAAUAUCAGUUGGUAAGUUCACAAAACUCCUUGUCUUUUGAGAACAUAGCCUCUUCUGAGCUAAUUUUAGCUAUUCUCGAGAAACAAAUAUCUGCAGCACGCAACACCAUCCACAAUUGCGUUAAAGAGAUAUUUGAAUACGUCCAGUUAAUAUUAGAAAAGGUUUUUAUAGACCUUGCUCAAGAUUAUUAUCAGUUGCAUCUGUUGUUGAAGCAAAUCGCUAGAGAUAUUGUUGAGUGGACCAAGAAGGGUUUCAUGAAAAAAGUGGAAGAGCUUUUAAAGUUAGAACAGAAGGUAGUCAACACGCUUGAGGAUCGUUACACUGUUAUCUUAGAGGAAUGUAUGUCGGUGAAAAUAACAGAUAGUGAGUUGGAGGCUGGAGCGAAAUCAAUCAAAGAAUUUGGAUCGGUGAAAGUGGGCCAUUUGAAACACUAUCCUAAGCAUGAAGUGGAUCUGGCCCUCAAAUUAAAACUCAGUUUUGCUCUUUAUUGGGUUCACGUUGUAGAAAGAUUUGAUGGAUCUUUCUCCAUGAACCUACUUUCCUCAUUAAAGGACAUGAUAAAAGUUGGUAUUGAGGAAACUUUAACAUCGUAUCACUCAAAAUUGUAUGAAGAUAAUGAACCGAAGCUAUUGGAAGUAGAGCCUGUGGUGCAUAUCAAUAUGGAAAAACUUGAAACACGCACGGUGUGUCUCAAUGAAAUAAUAAAAGAGAUUGCAAUGAUACAAGAAGAAUAUGCAUUCCUUAUCUAG